AUGAGGGCAGGCGUUUUAUCUGCGCUGGUUAGUUUGUUUGCAUUUACUGGCCUGGGCAGCACUUCAACUCUUGACGCGAGUCUUGCUGAAUGCGCGGUUUGUGAUAAGUUCACCUUAUUGACUGUCCCAGCUUCGUUGCGAUAUCUCGACCAAACAUGCGAGCGACCACUACGAGAUCGACGGAAUGACGCCUGGCCUUACCUUUCCAUACACAUUCUUUGCAUCCUUUGUGCAGUCAUUCGCGUUUACACAAAAUUAUUCAUUGUCCGAAAGAUUUCGCCCGAAGAUUGGCUUUCAUUUACUUCUCUGGUUAUUUACAUCAUAUACUUUGGCAUUGGACACCAUGCGUUGAUGUCGGCAUUUGGGCAGGAUAUUUGGUGGGUCAACGCCGAUGAUCUAUCCCAUGCACUCAAGCUCUUCUGGAUUGACUGCCCUGUCUACACUCUACUUCUCGGAAUGACUAAAGUCACAAUAAUCCUGUUCUAUAUUCGUCUGUGCCACGUUUAUACCUUGUUCUGCCAACUAUGCUGGGCAUGCAUUCUCACCGUCAGUCUCAGCACAGGCGUGUUCAUGUCACUGAACAUCUUCCAGUGCACACCAAUACGAUGGAACUGGGAUCGAUUUGGUGGAGAAGAUAUCGACUCUUGGUGCAUGGACUUGAACAAACUGCAAUGGUCAAUCAACAUCACCAAUAUCAUCUUUGAUGUCGUUGUGCUGGUGCUUCCAAUACCGCUCAUAUGGAAAAUGAAAUCAACCUUCCGUCGAAAACUCGGCAUCGUCUUGAUGUUCAGUCUCGGAGUCGUCGUCCUCGUCGCAAGCUGUCUCAAAAUGCGCUACAACGUUCUCUACGGCCAUUCCAACAACAUAACAUGGGACUACAUGGACCUAAUGGUAUGGGCCGGAAUAGAAAGCUCUGUCAGUAUCGCAGCCCCAUGCUUGCCAACAGUUCGACUGUUUCUGCACAAAGUGUUUCCUACAUCAUUUGGGCGGAUAUUCGCAUUUGGGUCGCAUUUUGAAAGGACAUUGGACCAAGAGAUCAAGGCGGAAGAGGAGGAGGUUGUGCAGUGGGUGGCUGACGUUGAGAUGACGAGAAAUUCUGGACUUCGUGUUGCGAGACCGAGGCGAGCGGCGAUAAGUUUGGGGGAAGGGUUUGAGAAUGGAGUGAGGACGAAAGAGAAGAGGGCCAUGACAGAAGCAAGUCGGAUCUUGAAGAGCGUAGAUGAGAUACCGCUGUUUCCGUAGCUAUCCGGUA